GGCGCCUGAGGCUGCAGCUUGGGGACUCCUCGCUCUGCCGGGGCUCGGCGCCCGCGUCGCCCCACCUCCGUCCGCCCGGCGGCGCCCUGCCCUACCUCGCCUCCUCUGCCGCAGGAACAAUGGAUCCCCCCAGCUACCUGGAAGAGGACUAUUCUAGCCUGGAUGGGCUGGACGAUGACGUGUUUCACUCUGACUUUGGACUCACAGGGAAUGCUGGGUACCGUUUACAUGUCCCCCCAGUUGGCUUUGCAUUGAAUCCACACCUCCAAGAGGAGCCUCGGGAAGGUCAACGGGAAGCACGUACUGAGGUUCAGAUUGCACGGAAGUUACAGUGCAUUGCAGACCAGUUCCACAGGCUCCACAUACAGAGGCAUCAGCAGAACAGAAAUCAAGUGUGGUGGCAGAUCCUUCUCUUCCUACAUAACUUGGCCUUAAAUGUGGAGGCAAACAGGAACCACGUAGGUCAGAGGUGAGACUCCUCCACCUGUUCCAGGUCACAUCCAGUCUGCAGGGAGCACUGAACAAACACUGUUCUGGGGGAGAGAGACAUGCACACCGCCGGCCGAUGUGAGGACUCUGUCAAACUUUUACUCAUCUUCUCAAACUUCCCCCUCCUCCCUCACCCCCCAAGGACUCUUCUUUACUGCUUCUUGCCUAAUGAGGUUGGGAGCUCUUGUCCAACACUGUUGAAGGAAAGUCUUAGAAUUUGGAUGUGUUUGGUAAAGCUUGCUGUUGAUUCUCCAAAUCAGUAACCUCUAUGCAAGUGAGGCAGAUAGUAGAUGAACAGGUUCCUCUGCUCUGUGUUGUUGGAGUUUUUUUUGUUUUUGUUUUUUAAUUGAUAGAAUGCAGCGUUUUGUAAUUUUGGCUGCUGGUUAAUGAUGGUGUCUGGGACUGAUGGCUCUAAAUGUUCUUUGGGCUACUUCCAGAUUAGAGACACUUGACUCCUCAAUGGGAUAACUUUUGAAAAAAGUUCUUUUUAGAAACAAUUACACUUAAGUAGCUUAUGUACAGCAGCAGGUGGGUCACUGUUUAUUUCCCUGAAUUUUAUUACUAGGGAGACUUGUAAAAAUCUAGUUUUGUUUAAUGACUUAAUUGGCCCAAGUUGGACAUUCUUCACAUGAAGUCGCUCUUUGUCAUUGCCAUUAAUAGAUGGAAUUGUUUCUGUUAGAUUCUGAAGACUCUUCUUCUUUCAGAAGAUGUUGGUGACUCUUCAGUAUCUUUGUGCAAAGGGCUGUUUGGUCCUGUAUACUAUAUACGGUCCCCAUAAACCAGGAUAGAGCUGUUUAAAGAUGGAAUAUAAUCUAAGCAUCAUUCUUCUGGAAUUGUUAAUCUGUAUAUUUUUGUUAGUGCUCUGGUGGAUUUCCCCCCUCUCCCCCCCCCAUCAUGUGCGCUGUUAAGAAGAUUCAGAUCCCAAACAUCUGAUAUGUUUGCUUCAUGAUUUGACUAGGAGAUUAGUUAGUAAUUACUUUGAACCCCUACACUGCAGGUUUGUACAAGUCUAUUAUUCUAAUGAGUAAUACUGGAAGUGAUAUUGGUGUACACUGACAACAGAAAUACUACUUGGAGUAAUAGCUCAUUGUCAUUGACUUGUGACUGUUCUGGUGUUUUUUAAAUCUGUUUGGCUGCCACUUUUGGAACAAGGAUCGGGAACUACCUACCCCAAAAAUUUGGGUUUCGUUUGUUUAUGAAGUGUGAAAUACUAAGGGAAAAGAAUAUAGCCUCUACAGACUGUUUCCAUACUUGCCCAGAGCUAAUUCUAAAUCACAAAUUAUAAAACUAACACUAGGAAAAAUCUUUCUGGACAGUUGCCCUUCAGUCCUGCUACAGCUGUCAACACAGAGGGGUUCUGGAGCUCCUGGUCUGCUUUGAAGCCUAAUAACAGUAAAGAAUCACUGUAUUGGAAGAGGAGUUUUCUUGCACGUUCUCCUUCCCCUCCACUUCCCCCCUUUUCUUGUCCUUCUAUAAGUCUGUUUCCAUCUCUGAUAUUUGUAAUGACCCAGUUCCUAUGUACCCUCAGUAACCCCAUUAAAGUGCCUGGUAAUGAUUUGUA